CUCCUCUCUCUCUCCCUCUUCGGCUCCUAAAGAUGAGAACUCGGUUAGUAUUCUUGUUUUUCUUCCUAAUCCAGUACUCUGCGGGUGCAGCGGAACUCAAUGAAGCGUCUUCUUCGUUGUCGCCUGAGAGGCUCGAUUUGGACACUGGCGGGCUCAGCAGAGCCAGCUUUCCGAAAGGCUUUGUGUUCGGAACGGCGACGUCGGCUUACCAGGUCGAAGGCAUGACCCACCAGGACGGCCGUGGGCCCAGCAUUUGGGAUGUUUUCGUCAAAACUCCCGGAAUUAUUGCUGAUAAUGGCACGGCGGAGGUUACAGUAGACCAGUAUCACCGUUACAGAGAAGAUGUUGAUAUCAUGAAAAAACUCAACUUUGAUGCCUACAGGUUUUCAAUUUCAUGGUCCAGAAUUUUUCCAGAGGGUGCUGGAAAAGUAAAUUGGAAGGGGGUUGCGUACUACAAUAGGUUGAUCAACUACAUGAUCAAAAGAGGCAUUACUCCAUAUGCAAAUCUAUACCACUAUGAUCUUCCUGAAGCAUUGGAGGAGAAGUAUUUAGGAUUGCUCAAUGACCAAGUAGUAAAAGAUUUUGCAGAUUAUGCCGACUUUUGUUUCAAGACAUUCGGAGACAGAGUAAAGAACUGGAUGACGUUCAAUGAGCCAAGAGUUGUGGCUGCUCUUGGUUAUGACAAUGGAUUACAUGCCCCAGGGAGGUGCUCCAAGGAAUUUGGGAACUGCACAGCUGGGAAUUCAGCAACGGAGCCUUACAUUGCUGCUCAUCAUUUGAUUUUGUCACACGCUGCUGCAGUUCAAAGAUACCGCGAAAAGUAUCAAAAAACACAAAAAGGAAGGAUUGGAAUUCUCACGGAUUUUGUCUGGUAUGAGCCACUUACUCGGUCAAAGGCUGAUAACUAUGCAGCACAGAGAGCGCGGGACUUUCAUAUCGGAUGGUUCCUUCAUCCUAUUGUAUAUGGUGAGUAUCCAAGAACAAUACAAGAGAUAGUAGGAGAAAGGCUACCCAAGUUCACAAAAGAGCAGGUUAAGAUGGUUAAGGGCUCGAUCGAUUUUGUGGGUAUCAACCAAUACACCUCAUACUACAUGUAUGAUCCACAUGCGUCAAAACCAAAGGUCUUGGGGUACCAGCAGGACUGGAAUGUGGGAUUUGCAUAUGCUAAGAAUGGAAAGCUAAUUGGUCCUAGAGCUUAUUCUGAGUGGCUUUACCAAGUACCAUCGGGCUUGUACAAAUGUUUGAUGUACUUAAAAGAGCGUUAUGGAAACCCGACUGUAAUCCUAUCUGAAAAUGGUAUGGAUGAUCCAGGCAACGUGACACUUGCUCAAGGAUUGCAUGACACCACAAGGGUCAACUACUAUAGAAGCUACUUACUUCAACUGAAGAAGGCGGCCGAUGACGGAGCCAAUGUGAUUGGUUACUUUGCUUGGUCUUUGCUUGACAACUUCGAGUGGCGGUUGGGCUAUACUUCCAGAUUUGGGAUGGUCUAUGUUGAUUACCACAGCCUCAAAAGAUACCCAAAGAUGUCUGCUUAUUGGUUCCAGAAACUGCUUAAAAGAAACAAGUAGAGCAAUCCGGACUGUUGUCUAGGGAGCAGUCUUUUUAGUUUUUAUGCAGGACUCUUUUUUCCUAUGGGACAAAUAAGUCUCUCUCCUUAGUUGUCAAUAAAUAAUUUUUUCUCUGCUACUGGUGUAAUUGCAAUGUUCAAAAUAAAAGUUUGCCUCUCUUAGCUUCUUU